CUUCCAUAGCAACCGAGCAGGUGCUAGUUCUAACCAGCAGCGUCCUCUCGUCGGGAUGCCGGUGCAGGUUAGUGAUUACAGCUGGCAGCAGACGAAGGCUGCGGUGUUUAUCUCUGUGCCUCUCCGAGGCGUCUGCGUCAGAGACGCGGACGUGUUCUGCACGGAAAACUAUCUGAAGGUCAACUUUUCUCCAUUUUUAUUUGAAGUGUUUCUCUACGCACCCAUAGACGAUGAAAACAGCAAAGCCAAGAUUGGGAAUGACACUAUUGUAUUCACCUUAUAUAAAAAAGAAGUGGCCAUGUGGGAGAACCUUUCUGUGUCAGGUGCUGACAAAGAGAUGAUGCAAAGAAUAAGGGAGAAAUCUAUUUUACAAGCACAAGAAAGAGCAAAAGAAGCUACAGAAGCAAAAGCUGCAGCAAGACGAGAAGAUCAAAAAUAUGCACUAAAUGUUAUGAUGAAGAUUGAAGAAGAGGAGAGGAAAAAAAUAGAAGAUAUGAAAGAAAAUGAACGACUGAAAGCAACUAAAGAAUUGGAAGCCUGGAAAGAAUGUCAAAGAAAAGCUGAAGAACAAAAAAGAAUUCAGAGAGCAGAGAAAUUCUGUGAACAAGGAAAGCAAAUUGAAGAAGAGAGAAACAAAUUAAAACAUAAAAGCCUUACUAGAAUUGCAGCGUCUAGAAAUCUUGCCACAAAAGGAAGAAAUUCAGAAAACAUAUUUUUGGAGAAAUUAAAGGAAGACAGUAUUCCCGCUCCUCGCUCCGUUGGCAGUAUUAAAAUCAACUUUACCCCUCGAGUAUUUCCAACUGCUCUCCGAGAAUCACAAGUAGCAGAAGAAGAGGAGUGGUUACACAAACAAGCAGAGGCACGAAGAGCACUGAAUACUGAUAUUCCUGAACUUUCUGAUUUAAAAGAAGAAGAAAAGAACCCAGAAUGGCUGAAGGACAAAGGAAAUGAAUUGUUUGCAAAAGAAAACUACUUGGCAGCUAUUAAUGCAUACAACUUAGCCAUAAGACUAAAUAACAAGAUUCCACUAUUGUAUUUGAAUCGGGCUGCUUGCCACCUGAAACUAAAAAACUUACACAAGGCCAUCGAAGAUUCUUCUAAGGCACUAGAGUUAUUGACACCACCUGUUCCAGACAAUGCUAAUGGAAGAAUGAAGGCAUAUAUACGACGUGGGACGGCAUUCUGCCAACUAGAAUUGUACAUAGAAGGAAGCUGGCACAGCUGGAAGUAGAACUCAUCAGAUCUUACAGCUACUUCUUUGCGACACUGCCAGUUAAUUUGUUUUAAAUAUCAAGAGCACAGACACUGAAACAGCAAGUCACCAGAAUCCUAUGGUAUCUCAACACGUCAGGUUUUCUCAAAAUGUCCAGGUUUCUUGAGUACAGGGAAAGCUGCUUAGGUGGAAGGUGGCUUUCCUGUGACUUGUACUACAAAGUACCAACCCUAACUUACUUUAUGGAUACCCAGUCAGGUUGCCCAGGGCAACCUCAGUCACAGAGGACUCUAUUUCAUCAAAUCAUCUUCUUCUACCUUCUGGUCAUCUUUGGCCCAAAAUGUAAUACAGUAAACCAUAUCUAGUCAAAACAGAAGACAGGGGCGCCUGGGUGGCACAGCGGUUAAGCGUCUGCCUUCAGCUCAGGGCGUGAUCCCAGCGUUAUGGGAUCGAGCCCCACAUCAGGCUCCUCCGCUAUGAGCCUGCUUCUUCCUCUCCCACUCCCCCUGCUUGUGUUCCCUCUCUCGCUGGCUGUCUCUAUCUCUGUCGAAUAAAUAAAUAAAAUCUUUAAAAAAAAAACAAACAGAAGACAAAUUAGCUGAUGAACUUUGUUGGCAUAAUUUGUACCACGCAAUCAGGAAAUGUUAAGGUCUACCUGAAUCUUUGACUUCCAGGAUAAUUCACAAAUGUUUACAGACCUAGAAACAAAAUACUCAUUUGCUUUUACUUUAUGUCAUAGGUCACUACAGUUUUCUUAUUUGGGUUUCACCCUCUUCAAAUCUGAUAUGCUUGAAAUGUGGAGUUCAAAUUAGACACAAUUAAAAACAAAACAGUCUUAUAGAAAGAAUAAUAAAAGAAUUAUUUUAAAUGCUCUGCCAGGUUACACAUAGGAUCAGCAAAUAUUUACUUAAGGAUAAAAAGGUUAAUUAUAAUUGUAAAUGAUUCUUCUAAAAUUGACGGUCUUAAAAAAUUAGACUGUGAAAGUGCCUUGAAAAGAAUAAAAAUCUACAAAGAAAUUAGGUAUUAGCUCUCCCACUAAUGUAAUCUUCAGGCUCCACCAGAAUUACAGAAAGCCAAGCCACUGUCACUUUUCAAACUUCUUCCUUAUAAACACAUACACAUUUUUAAAAAGAUAAAUAAGAACAAGCCAUUGAGAUAAUAAAAAUGCUCUAUGGAAGCUUUAAUUUAAAUUAAAAAUCAUUUUUUCUUUUUUUGAUGUUGUGUCACAGGUGAUGUUAACUAUAGCAACACCAAAAGCAAACAAAAAACCCUCCAAUCUAAUUUUGAGGCACCUUUUCGUUUCUGCUCAGGCACAUCAUUCUCCUUGUUAAUGCUUUCCUUAUUCAUCUUUUUUUUUUUUUUUGCCACAACUGGGGGACAGAACCUUAAGUUUAAUUUUAACUUUCUACGUUUCCACCAAAAGUGAAUACAAGUGCACCAUAUUCUUUUUUUUCCCUCUAUCCUUUUUGAACAAGGCACAGUGUAAAAAAAAUGUAAGAUUAACAAGGUACGUUUUUUCUCAUUUAAAGCCAUCACCGCAGUUGCACACCAUCCCCAAUCAUUUUAUACUUUCAGAGGCAAUUCUGGCUCAAGGCGAUGCACAUUUACAUCUGUGUAGCCCAGUGGUUGCCUAGAAAGAUGUUUCUUGGGGGGUGG